CCGGUAACGGUAGAGACAGAGCACCCGCGGGAGUAGCGGAGGGCAGGAAGUCUUAUCAGGGAGGCAGCGAGUGGCUUUCACACCGUCGUAGUCACCACUGUGAGGGACUCAGUGUGUGGUGAGGGCCUCAGGGAGUCCUCCUCUGACCACUAGUGAGGAACACCUGUUGUGAGUGACCCCUAUUGUGAAGGACAUCUCCUGUGAGGGAACCCUGGUGUAAGGGGCACCUGGCGAGAGGGACACUUGACAUAAAGGACACCUGGAGUGAUGGCGAGGAUGCGGGCGGUGUUGGCAAUACUGGCGGUGGUUCCGCUGCUCAUACGACCUGCCGUCAUAGCUGAAGAGAGCUGUGGUGAGGAUGGAGGAGAAUCACACCUGACUCAAACAUGCCAGCGCCAGGACGGAGAUCGAGGCGGCGUCACGGACGAAGCUAACCGGGCGCCUGCAGGGGUUGUCGAACUCGGAGGACAGGAAUACAAGAGUGUGAAGCACUUCGAUGAAAGCAGGAAGAGACGGAGACGCAAAGGUUCAGAAGGUGAGGAGGCGCUGACGGUGAAAGGUUACGGAGACAGGAGACACAGGAAGAAGAAGAAAGAGGGAGAUAUUACGCGGGAAAAUAAGGAUGAAGGGAAUAAGCUCAAAGGGAGAUACUCGGAUCUUCACAAGGACAAGCAAGAGGGAGAUGGAUUUAGUGGGGCUGAAAUAAGUAACAAGAAAGUUAAGAGGGGCAAGAACGGUGAGCGAAAGAACAAGGAGAAACAUAAGAAGAACACGAUGAAUGGAGAAAGCAGACAUACGGGAAAACACAGAGAUGGUGAGAAGAAUAAGGAAUACAAAUCCAACAGAGAUCAGACAAAGAAAAAUGAUCAUAAACACAAACAUAAAACCAACACGAAAGACAAGAAGAAUGAGGAUAAAAAAUACAAAAAUAUGAAGAGUAAAGAAAACAAAAAGAACGCUGGAAAGAAAAAGUACAAAAAAGACAAACUUAAAACGGCUGAAGACCUAAACCGAGAAGAGGAAACAAACACAGAAGACAAAGACAUUGAAAAUAUAAAAAAGAAAAUAAGAGUAAACAGGAAAGUUAAAGACAAAAUUGAAAAAAAGGUACGAGAAGGUAAUGUCUCCGCAACACCUGAGACUCUCACAGAAAACGAAAUAAGUAACACUGAAGGGGAAACUGAGAGAGCCAGGCGGAAACCCCAAACUAAUGUCGCAACCGGAAACCCUGAUAUCGAUGCUGAAAAACAAGUCACUGGGAAGGCUAAAGUGGAGGAUGAGAGAAAAACGAGAAAUGCCACAAUAAAUUCAGAGGAAAAAAUUGGAAGCGAUGCUAUAUACGACGAGAGCCUUGAUGGCGAAGGUAAAGUUCCAGAGAACGUCGUAGAUGUUGAAGGCCAUGCCGGACACCUUAAGAAUGUAGUUGGGGGUAUUGACGAAGUUACAGAUGGUGAAAGAGGCAAUGAUGUGGCGGCGGACGAUUUUGUGGUGGCUAAUUCUCAUGUCAAUUACGUUGAUUCAUUGUAUGUCGAGCUCGAACUCGACUCAUCAGAACUGUUGGCAGAAGAACUUAAGAAUGUAGUUGGGGAUAUUAACGAACUUACAGAUGGUGAAAGUAGCAAUGAUGUGGUGGAAGAUUUUGUGGUGGCUAAUUCUCAUGUCAAUUAUGUUGAUUCAUUGUUUGUCGAGCUCGAACUCGACUCAUCAGAACUGCUGGCAGAAGAACUGAAUUUUGGGACCGUAGAAGAAAACAAGAAAGAACAAGAAAUGACGAGUCCAGAAGUCGCAGAACUAAAGUCAGAAAUGUCUGAAAAUGAAGGAAACGACGACCAACAAACUGAGGGUGAAGAAGUGGAUAGGAAAGAUGGAGUGAAGAAGGUAUACGAAGUACCGAGAAUCUCUGAAACAGAAGUUGAAUCUGAUGCUGGAGGACCAAAAACAGCAGACGGGAAGGCAGGUGAUGAUGAUGACGACCUGCUUAUGUCACCCGAGUUGGGCUCCCAGUCAGACCAGGAAACAGUUGCCGUUGAUGUUACCGCUAAAGACAACCACCAGGAAGAUGUCGUCGUCGAACUUGGUGACAAUAAAGGAUCAGAAUGAAAUGGGAGGAGUUACUGUGAGAGCACAAUGUGCUGACAAGUGUCUGUGGAGAGUGAGGGGAAAGUGCCAAGCCAUUACGACCAUAUAGCACUUAAAAGGGAUCAGGAAUUGGAAUGGGUGAGACGGAAUGCAACCAAAUGCUUCUUGUGUUAGUGUCCAACCACUUGGAAUGGACGGUAGAGCGACGGUCUCGCUUCAUGCAGGUCGGCGUUCAAUCCCCGACCGUCCAAUUGGUUGGGCACCAUUCCUUUUCCCCCCGUCCCAUCCCAAAUCCUUAUCCUGACCAGUUCCAAGUGCUAUAUAGUCGUAAUGGCUUGGCGCUUUCCCCUGAUAGUUCCUUCCUUCUUGUGUUAGUGCCACGUAAAACGCCGGUGUGAGUGCGUAAACAAGCGAAUAGCUCCCCAGUAUUACUCAUUCUUGUCAACGACCGUUGUGCAAAGGUAUGCCAUUGAGAAGGCUUAUUCAUUGUUACGACUGACAAGACGUCAAGUGUCAGUGCAUGAGGACUAUGUACUGACGCCAUGUUUACUGCUAUGAAUAGGCAUUCUGAGUAAUGUAAUUUGCAUAAUCUGAGGUGGAACCAGGACAAACAGCACAGGUUCUGUAGCCAGGUACAAGUUAGCAGGUGAUAUUGUAGAAUGAAGCCUCAAGGGAUUGAUUGAUUGAUGAAGAUUAAGCCACCCAAAAGGUGGCACGGGCAUGAAUAGCCCGUAAGUGGUGGCCCUUUUGAGCCAUUACCAGUAUCAAGAGAUGAUACUGGAGAUCUGUGGAGGCGCGACUGCACCCUGCGUGACGGGAGAUGUCUCCCGUGUACCUCGAGGGUUAAUUAAUGAACUUAUAUGGUGGCUGUGUUGUGUUGGCGACUUCCUCACUCAUUACUCCGCUGCACAGUUACGUAUACAAUCUCGUGUUAUCUCAGUCUUUUAGCGUGUGCGUUGCUUUUUGUUCUCAUUACUGUACUUACAGUUAUAAUUGCUUUAUGAGUUCGCUGUGGUUCCUUCUCAUUUGAGGUGUGUUUGAAUAAACAUAUGAGUGAAUGGGUAGCCUUUGUGCGGUGAGUAACAGUUCUUAAGAAUAAUUUAUUUUUAUUUUUCAUUUGCGUUUGCUCUAAGUUUUCAAUAAAUAAAGACAAACUAAGUCAUGCUCUGUGUAACCACUCAUUACAAUAUUUCCUUACAAGUCAUCACCGCAGACAAAUAUAAAACUCUAAAUAUAUUUACCUGAAGCCAACAUUAUUGCUGCAACUCUCCUUGACAGGGAGUUGCACUCAAACUUUGGGUUGAGUGGAGUAACUAUUGCUUGUUCCAUAAUAGCUAAGGUUAUAAUGUUGAGUGAUCACUUCUCACAGGCUGAGGUUCUUAGGCUACUGAAUUGAUGCAUUUAUCAUCCGGUGUUUGAUAAGUGAAAACUUUGUUGACACUAUGAAUUAACAAUCUAAGGAAUCACUAAACCAGUACCCAGUGACAAUGUUUUUAGAGCGCUUACGUCACAAGUUUGUGCGCAAGCAACGUAUUAAAUAUAAAUAGCCAGUUUAUACUUAGUGUCUGACCUUGUGUAUGACACCAAAUCAGACUCUGUGCAGAUUUGAUGUCUGAUCUUACAGUGUACUUCUCCAAUAAAAGUUUUCUGGAUGA